CGGUGAUCAAGAUGGAACCUCCUUCCCCUCUUUCUCUCCGGAGCUAAGUUGUUAUCGCGAGAUUUCGGCCCCACUAUUAGCUGUGUAGUGCGUUUGGCCCAUCCUUUUCUUCCGCUCAGUGGCAGAGAAAUUUGGUUAAAGAAAAGUGACAAAAAACAAUUUUAAGUAGGACUUGAAGAAUACAAAUCAGGAAUGGAUUCUCUCCACUAUGUAACAGCAUCUGAUUCAGCUAUGGAAAUUGAUAAUCAAAGUGAUAAUUCUUCCUCUGGUAGCAGCUUAUUUAAAACUCAGUGUGUUCCUUACUCACCUAAACAGAGGCAGAGAAACCCUAUUAGAAAAUUUGUUCAUUCACCUGAAAGAGUUCAAGCGAGAGAUUCAUCUAGUGACUCAUCUUUUGAACCAAGACCAUUGACUUUAAAAGCUAUUUUUGAAAGGUUGAAGAAAAAGAAACGUAAAAAGAGAAAGUAUAAGCCAACAGGAAGACCCAGGGGAAGACCAAAAGGAAAGAAAAACACUAAAAAGUCACAAAUAAAUGAACAAUUAAAAGAUAAAGGGCCUGGGUUCCCAUUUUUAGAAUCAGAGAAUGGAAGAAAACCAUUACCUUGGAGGAAAAUUUUAACUUUUGAGCAAGCAGUGGCAAGAGGAUUUUUCAACUACCUUGAAAAACUGAAGUAUGAAUACCACCUGAAGGAAUCCUUGAAACAGAUGAAUGUUGGUGAAGAUUUAGAAAAAGAAGACCUUGAUAGUCGUAGAUAUAAAUACUUGGAUGAUGAUGGAUCUAUCUCUCCUAUUGAAGAGUCAGUAGGAGAAGAUGAGGUUGCAACCAAUCUUGAACAUGAUGAUGACUGUGAUAUCAAAUUGGUGGAGGAGAAUUAUUUCAUAAUAAAUUCUGAAUUACCAAAGAAGAUGAAUGUAUAUUUAGACCAAGAACAUACUAAAGAAGCUGCUUUGUUUAAAAAGAGAGUAUCAAAGUUAAAAAACAUUGGACAGAAGACAGAAUGGCCUGAAAAGGAGAUAGGAAUAUGAAUGUCAAACAGGUAAAAAUAGAGAAAAAGAAACUUUACAGAAGGAAAGUAAAGAUAAUGUGCCUAUAUGUCAGUGCAGUGAUUAAAAAAAAAAAAAAAAUCCUAAGGAGAAAAUAAAGAGCCUCGUAACAUUGUGACAAACUGCUAAAGAAUACAAAUUAUCCGAAAAAGAAAAACAAAAAUUAAAUGGUAAAAUUAUGUAUGUACAAAAACGUGAGGCUUUCAUAGAAAUAAUCACUUGCUAAUAAAUGGGGUUCUACUGUUUUUGCCUGUACUUAUUUUAUUUCAGGGUAAGAAAGCUUAAACAUGUCAUUUGAGCAUUGAAUCAAAGUAGAGAUUAUAUUCCUUAAAAGAAUUUUACAGUAAUCACUAAUGAUUGACAACCAACCACCUUCUUAGGAUCUCUGAAACCCCCUACUAUAUAGGGGUUUUUAUCACUGUUUUUUUCAGACAGGUGACCUUUAUUGUCAAAUGUUUAGUACUGUAAUAAGAAUUUAACAAAUUUCCCUUUUUAACUGCAGGUAACAUUUCAACUAUCACUUUGUCACUACUGUAUAUUGCUGAUUAUUUCACUGUAUAUGCUGCAUUUUAGGAUAGCACUUGUAUUUGUUUUUGUUUAAUUUGUGGACAAAGACUUAUAGACAGGUGCGAAAAAUAAAUCCUCUUUUGCAACCCAGAGCUCAUCAUUCAGUAUGAGUUUUGAUACAUAUAAGAAGGAACAUGAUACCUAAAACAAAUUCAAGUGAUAGGAUAUAAGUAAACAUAAAGUUUGGUUCCAGAACUGUUGAGUUGAUCAUUGCAAAGCACAGGAUAUAAGGGAAAUCUCACUUAUGUUGAUUGAGUUCUCUAAUUUUAAUGUUGAUGAUACAAAAGAUGGCUUCUUUUUUUAUUAGGGUUUUAUUUUGAGAACACAAUGUCUGGACUUAAAGGUAUGUCUUAAGCUUUAGGUGACUUUCGAUCAGAUUUGUUUAAAUGUAGCAAAUUAUAAUCUAAACCUUAAACCUCCAUAGUUUUCAUUAUUAAAAGAUAUUUUUGCCAACUUUUAAUUUGUUUAUGGCAUGAUACCACAAAAUUAAUAUUAGUCAUAUAUUUUAUAGUGAUAUUACAUCAGCUUCACUUUACUUGCAAGACAGGGUUUCAAAACUAAGUUAGGCUAUAGCAAUAACCAGAAUCUUGGAUAUCCCCACUCAAGCAUAUAUAACAUUUUUAAUGCCUAAUACAAAUUGAGGUAGGUCUAAUAUUGUAAUGCUAGAAAUGACUGCAUAGAACAUAAGAUUUCAUAAGUAGGCAAAAAUUCAGUUAAUGUAAAAUUUUUGCUGUGUCUUUGGAAUUUCAUAGGCAAAACACUGCAGUAUUGUGGUGUUAAAGUUCAUAAAAAUCAACGCUUCGAUUUAUACAUGGAAAUCUUUUGAAUUAUCUAUAGUAGCUUGGCACUUUUCCUUUUUGUUGUCAGUAUACUCUAAGCAGUAUUGUUAGUCUUUGUGAUUAAUUUAUGAAUGAUUAGUUUAAAUAGAAUGUUUGACUGCACAAUUUCGAACUCAUUGAAAAGGCUGGAGCAGAUCGCAGUUCUGAUGUCUUCCAAGUGUAAAUAAUGGUUGAGGUCUAUCCCGAUGGGGCUUUUUCUGUAGACCUACAUCGUUGGAAACGCCUCAUAGAGUAAAUAUGUGCUUUCCUUUCCUCACAGAACUAUAUGUUAGAUCUGUGGGAAGGAACUACAUGACAGCUGCUAAAACUAUGAAAGGUGUAACAGGUAAUUUUUUUUUUAAUUUUAGGUUUUGAUAGAUAUCAAUGAUCCUGUACUAUUCUAGGGUGUGAUAGCUUAGGAGUGAAUAUGAUUUGAACUUAAUCAUGUUUAGAGGGUGUCUGAAUGAAAUUGAGAACUAAGCAUAUCCAUCUACUGUGACCCUAAUCAUGUGAGGAGUUUUUGAAGUAUGUCUAUAUUCAAGUGGAGAUCAAAGAAACCUAACUAAAAGAAUUGUGGCAAGUAAUUUCUUUAUCUUACCACACCAAAUUAUCAGAGUAUAAUGGUCAUUACCAAGGCUUUUAGAAUGCAGUUUCUCAAUUGCCGUGGACAUGACCACAAAACAUUUUUCCCACUGGGUUUUCUUUCUGCUACAUUGUGAGCAUUCAGCCUAUUGGGAACAUUUUAUUAACCCUUGUUUUAUUUCCAUCGUCUAGAUCAGCUCUGUCCAACAUACAAUAUAUAUAUAACAAGCUGUAAUGUGAUUACUUAAUAGCCAUUGGUAUUCAGCAAGAUUUCAACAGUAGCCAUAGACUGUCGUGACAACUGGAUUAAGCAAAACUUAUUUUAAAGGGAUCGAGACUCAAGAAGAACUGAGGCAGUGGAAAGGGGAAUUCCUUAAAUAAAAAUUUAUUUUAAAUAAUUAUGCCUAUGUUACACGUAAUAAAAAACCUUUAUGCUUUUUGUGGAAAGUCA